GAGGCCCGGGCUCCGUGCGAGCCGCGCUGGGCCGGCUCCCGACAGCCCGGCCGCAUGGCGGCGGCGGGCCGGGAUCCCGGGCGGGCGGAGCGCGGCGCUGAGGGAAGGAGGCGCCCGAGCCGGCCCGGGAGCAGCGGCCCGGGAACCGCAGCUCCCGCCAUUCCCUUCGCGGGGCGCGGCCCGCCGACCCGGAGCAGGAAGCAGAGGAUGGCGUCCCUUGACCCCAGGGCGGCACUGAAGAGCGAGUGGGGAAUGAUGGAGAUGGGAUGAGAGAAGUGUCCUGCACUGCAAAUGGCCUCCUGUUUGACAUUUAUUGCUUGCUAGUCUGGAGCCAGCCUUGGUGGAUGAGGAAGGUUGGUGACUCUAAGAUGUUUGAGAGAAUCAAACCAUCUGAUGGAGCUUCUGCUUCUUCAGCACAAGGAAUCCAAAGACAUGGUGUUGAGAGCUCUCCACGACAGGACAGCAGUAGCAGUUUACACAGAAGAGGGCAAGAACAUCCUCGGCCUGGAGCCCCCACUGUGCGAAAUAGACAAGGGUACUGCAACUGUUGCCACGUACACUACAGCAAUCUGGAACAGCAUAUUUUCAGCUCCCAGCACAGACAUUUUACAACAUACUGUAGGAAUCGUACGGGUACCAGUAGCUUGAUGGAGCGUUUCCUUCAAGAUGUUUUGCAGCAUCAUCCCCACAGAUACCAUGACAGCAGACCAACCUAUGAUGACAUGCCAUUCCCCGUCACUCUAGAGGCUCCUAGGAUUUCUUGUCCGUCCUCAGAAGAGAUGCAGAAAAAGAGAAAUAGUGAGAAACAGGAGAGUUCCAGUAAAGACCAGGAGUCCCUUCGUGAAAUAGGCUCUUCUGUUCCGUGCCUGUCUCGUGAGGGCACAAAGAAAACUUCUGUUACACAAGCAGGUUUUCAAAGACUUCAAAGAGACCAGGAACGUGUUCCAGGAAUAUCCCAGCAGUCUGUUGGCAUUUGUAGUGAUAAGAAAUGGGUAAAUCUGAAACACGCUCGAAUUGCAGAUCAGAGCCAUGAAGGUCAGUCUACAGCUGUGAGCCCUGUACCUCAGCAGUUUUCUCUCAGUCCUACAAGCCACAGUUCCUCUUUUAAUCCUAAAACAGGAAAAAAUGUUAUGGAUUUGGCGGCAUCAAAUCUGUUUCUGCAUAGAGGAUGUGAUGAAAGAGCAGGGGAGGACUGCAGUAGGGAUAUGUUAUUGAAGCCACGCUUGAAUCCUGCUUCAGCACUGGUUCACCCAAAAUGCCCUUCGGUUUCUCAUCGGAUUCCUACACGCAGCCACAGCAAUUCUUCCUUUAUUACCUCAGGUCAAUCUCUCUCAAAGCGAGAUAGUUUACGAACUCAGGAUGAAACUUUGGUGUCUGAUCUCCAUCUCAGGGAUACUGUGGGUAUCAGCAGCUCCCUUGAUCUUGGGACAUCCCCACGGCUAGCAAGAUGCAAAAACAUAAAGACAAACAGAGGUGAUGAAAGUUCAGUGGAUGAAACUAUUGAAGAUGUAAUUGUGAAAUACUGCCAUGAAACUACAUCUGAAGAAAUCUAUUUCAAAGAAGAGAAUAAUCCCAGUGUACCUUUUUCAUCACUUCUGGACCAUACUAAUUUAGAGGGCUCUGAAAUGAGUUUUGACUGUGAUGCACCAAUACAGGUAGGAACAGAUUUACCCAAGGCAGCUAUAAAAGAUAUAGAAUUCCUGAAAGAAGUCCAAGUAUGUUUGCAAGAUAAAGGCUAUGGAACACAGCUCUCUUCUGUUUUAAAAACUGAGUCAUCAGAGAAAAUAGAAGCAGUGAAAAAGGAUGUUGUAGUUCAUACCGAAGAACCAGUUCUUCCAGCCCUGCCUCACGUGCCUCCUUCUUUUGUGGGAAAAACUUGGUCUCAAAUAAUGUAUGAAGAUGAUAUAAAAAUUGAAGAACUAGUGCGUGAUUUCAGGGAAGGUCGUUUUCGCUGCUACUUUAACAGUGAAUCCUCAGCCAACUGUACGGGGAAGAGAAUGAAGAAAAAAAAGCAGAAGGAUGAAAAAAGGAUCAAUAUUAUUGAGGGUAAUAGAACAGAAAGUGCACCAGUUAAAGCACUGCCAGAAUUUAAUGAUGCUUUGAGUGGUGGCUCUGAUUUUGAUAACCCAUCUUUAGCCUCAGAUACACUAUGCAACCCACAAAUUGUAAAAAUGCCUAGGAAAAGGACGUGGCGCCUGGCCUCAAGGUGUCAGGUGGUUAAAGUCAGCCAUGGCACACAAACAAGUCUGCUGAACUACCCUGUAGCAAAAAGGAAAAUGUCUAGAAGGGAAUCUGAUCCAGCUGAUCAGAAAGCAAGCAUUGCAUGGCUGGAGAAUGAAAAAACUCCAAACAUGAAAACUAGACUAUGUGCCCUUAAACUUCCAGAGUCCUAUAGCAAGAUCAUGAGUCCUGUACAGCCCAAGACAGUGGUGUAUGUACUCUCGUGCCCAGAGGUAAAACAGUGCAAAGGUAAACCUACAGAUAUUCCCAAAAUGAGGAAAAAUCAUCACUCCACAGAUAGCAAGGACUCUGUAAGAUAUAAAUACAAACAGUGUUCUCUCAAAUAUUAUGACCCACUGACAAAUCGAAUUCUGAAAACACCUCCAAAGAGUACAGUUGGAGAAAAGGCCAAAAAGCCCUCUCAUGUUCGACAGCUUUUCAGAAGUCUCAGCUUUGAUGCAAAUAUGAAGAAACUAGCUGAUACACAGAGAGAGAGCACACCAUCAAAGUCACUCAAUUGGUCAGACUUCUGUAGUUCUUCAGCAUCUUUCCUGCCCGAUCGAGAUAAAGGUAGUGAUGCGGCCUCAAGUCAAAAGGCAGAUGGACCAUCUGUUGCCACAGAAAGAACAGAUUGUCUUGUAUCUGAGAACUCUUUUAAACACCUAAUCAUUUCACCUUUGAACUCUGUGAUAGAAGGAGAUUGUAGAUUAAUUCCAUUUAAUAGAAUUACCAAAACUCCUCUGACCUCCAUCAGGAGUGAGUGGUUAGAGAGGGAGACUCCAAAAGCAAUAUGGAAGAGAAAAGAAGGCACUAACAAAGAACCAGUUUUUUCCAGAAAGGCUGCAGGAUCUAAGUCUGUCAGAUGUACUCUUGCGAGGAGAGGAACCAGAGUAACCACAGGCAAACAAACAUCCAGGACUAAAAAACAGCAGAAAGAGGGGAUGAGAAGACAACUUCAGCCUUGUGCCCAAAAAUCUGCUUUCUCCAUCCAUAGGUGCCAGACAAGGAAAACUGCAGUGGGAAAGCACCCUAAGAAAGAGAAGCCUGAUGCUAAAAAAUUAAAGGUGAGGAGGAAACCAAAAAGGGCCUUUCUGAACUCAACAGUUGUAACAGGGAUUCCUGAAAAAAGGCAGAAAGUCACAUCAGAAUCUUUUCCCAAGAAACCAGAGCAAGCUUCCUCCAAAGUCAGGAACUGGGAAGUAAGUGGAGAUCGGGGUCAUCCUGGCACUGUGAACCGACCCUCUAGAAGAACUUCUGCUGUACCAUUACUUCGAAACUGUCUUGUUCUACCAGGUGAGAGCUAGCUACCAAAAGAACUUUUUUCUUCUUUUUUUUUUAUAGCCAGCACCUGGAAGAAGGAAGGAGAAAAAAAGGAGGCCAUAGACAAUGCAGUUGAAGAGCUAGAGCUCCAGAAAGCGCAAAGCCAGUCUAAUGUGAAAUAAAUACAACUGUAAACUCAGCUCUUGUUCCUGGAAUAUGGGGGCACUAUGUAUUGCACUGUUCUACUGUGUAAAGCUGCAGAAAUUGUGGAUUUGAUUUAAAAGCACUUAUAAUCAUACUUACUAGUCUUCACCAGUACAUCAGCAAAAUGACCUUGAAUGGUAUCAUAUUGUUAUUAUGGUAUUAUGAGUGCAUAACAGUGCACUAUAAUAAGGUAAUUUAGAAGCUGUGUUAAUUAAUUGUGCCUAUUUUAAUUUUGUCACGUAAUUCUAAAGUGCAGAAGAUAACUCAGUUGCUAUGCUAGAAAUUUAAUGAAGAUACAUCAAUCAGGGCAGAAUUCUGUGUAUGUAUUUUGUGUUUGUGUAUAUGUGCACCUUCUUCAACACAUAAUAUAUACUUGCCUGUGGAAUGGCAUUAAAAUUAAUACAGUAUGAUACAAUUCAGAUCAAUUCAAUGCUUUCUUGAAAUGAAAUAUAAUUUUACACAUUUUUGUAUAGACUUUGUUCCUGAAAUCAUGUCCAAAGCUUUUUUUUUUUUUGGGCUGAAAGUCUCUGCGGCUCUCAUCAAGCAAUAAUGGACCAUGCUGGUAAGGAAAUAUGUUUCCUUAGGGGACUGUUCAAAUGGUGGUAGCUGAAGUGAAAUCUUGAAUUCUGAAAGAAAUACAGGGUGAUGUUUGGGGGCUUUUUUGUUUGUUUUUAAUAGCUUGUUGAUUAAGUUUGUAGGUGAAUUUCACAUUCCUUAGUGAGGGGGAUGGAAAAGUUAUAAUGCAAACAAAUAGCAGUAAGUUGUUUUAGAAUGUCAGCCUUGAGUUUGGGGUUCUGUGCUUUUCUAGCUUUAUUUGGUGUAGUGUUGGUUAAAUUUUUAUGGACUGGAGUUCAAACUUUCUUUCUAAAUUUUCGGUAAAAUAUUUAAAUAAACCUAAUACAGCAUCCAUCUAAAUGUAUUUGAGUUCAAAUAUUUGGUUAAAAACCUGGCUGAAUAAAAAUUAUAUUCCACAGAGAUUCAAGUUCGGCCACUGAUAUUCCAUCUACUAUGGUUUUGUGGCAAAAAACCCUAAACCCAUGGUGGUUUAGCUUAGUUUUCUUUCUUUAUUUAAUAGUUGUUAUGACGACAGUUUAUUUGCUGUGGUUAGAAGACAUAAAGCCAGUCUUAUGGAUGUUUCUGUGCUUUAAAACCGAAGAUUAAUGGUUCAUUUACAGUAAAUUAAGCACGCAGUUAAACAUCAUCAUAAUCCAGGCUUUGGUUUUCAAAUCUUCAGCUUGAUAUAUUAUAUAAUCUAUUUUACCUUGAAGGUCUUCAUAAAUUCUCUAGUGGUACAGUACAUUUUUCAGAACACAAGAGAAACAUGGAAAAGAGCAGACCCCGCUGUCUCUGGCAUUGAACAUAUCUGUGCGUUUUCCCCUCAGAAAAUGAAACUGUUCUUGAUUCUUCAUUCACUUCUUUCUGAAGUGUCAAGGGUCACAGAUUUGGGCUGAGAUAAAGGUGGACUUGGAAAUGGUUUAUUUUAAUAUACAGUAUCUGAAGGAAAUAUAAAAGCUGUCAUCAUAAACCACAUAUUCAGAGAAUAUUUUGAGGAUGUUUUUAAUGUAUAUGCCUAUUUCCUAAGAUAAAUAAAAGAUGUGCAUGUGUCUGCUGGAAAAUAAGUUCCUUUACAAUUCAAAUAUGGUCUGACAGAUUUUUUUAUUUGUUUUGUUUUAAUUUAUUUUAUUUUUUAUAUAAAAGUUGAUUUCUUUGGACGAGUUUUCCUAUGGUUGUCAGUAGACACAGAAUCAUAUGACUGUAUUGCAAGUCACUGGAAAAUGAAGGGCUAUAAUAUAAAUUUUUAUAGCCCUCAACUAAUUGUGCCUGUAUAAUUUAAUAUUUUGUCUAAUAUAAAACUGAUGUUUUUAAAGCAAAGUUUUAAAGGAAUGGUUUUUAUAGAAAGGCUAAUUUUUAGAUAAAGCAAAAGAAGAUUUUUAAAUAAAGUUUGUUUUAAAGCAAAGCUUUAACUAUAGAUAAGUCCCAUUCUAACAUAUUUUUAUGAUACAAUAAUGUUUUCCUAUCUAACUUCUUCCAUCUUAUUUUUCACAGUAUUUCACAUGUGAAAAGCAUGAAUUAUUUUGUGGGUGAAUAAGUUUUAAUGCACAUUGUACUUUAAGAACACUAGUGUGUAUUUGUUUAGAGUCAAAAUACUGUUCUCUGUACUCAUUCAUUGUACAUUUGUCUUAUUCCAGUGCACAACUUUUCCUUGAAAUCUUGAGUAAUAAAGAUGUGUUGAGGACUAUAAAAUUACUAAUAUUUUUAGACUGUAAUGUCUUUUGUUUUUGGUAAUAGACCCUCUUAUCAGGGUGGGAUUUUUAGAAGAAAAAUGUUAUAUUUAAAUAAGAGUGUAAGUAGCUAUAUAUUUUCCUUUAAAAAAAAGAAAAAUGAAAAAAAGUAUGUAAGAAUUUAUUAGAAGAAUAAGACUUGAGGUACAAGUCUGGAAACAUUUAUGUGGUUGAUGUUGGCAAAAUAAGAUUUACUGUAGGCUUGGAUGUCAAUCUGUGCCUCACUUCUGAAUGUUCAGAAACCUCUUCUGUGCAUGCUCAAUGACCACUAGGAAAAAGAGGAAAGACUGAUAUGAGAAGUAAAAGCAGAAACUGCUUUGGAAUGAGAAUUAUGAACAUAUUUGCAAAACAAAAUAUUGCCAAGAUACUCAAUAUCAUGUGCAAGAAGGAGAAAAUUCUGAGGUCUUGAGAAAUAGGCAAGCACUUUCCUGUUAGAUAAGUAAUGCAAUUUCUGCCCUUAUGGAAUAGAACAUUGUUUCAUUAGCAGCAUGGCCAGUACUUCAAAAUGUGGUUGUGAAGUCUACAGCAAUGGUAAACUUGAGAACUGAAAUACUUUCUCUCCAAAACUGGUGGGUGGGUUGGUUGUUUCAGGGUGAUAUUUCUUGUUUCUAUUUUUGUUUGUGUUUCUUUUUCCCUUUUGUGUGUGGUUUUUUUUGGUUUUUUUUUUUUUUGGUUUUUUUGUUUGGGGGGGGUGGAACAGGGUUAUUUUAAUGUUAGUAGACAAAGAUGUUUUGUCAGUAUGUUUGCAUGUCUUAAUAUAGAGAAACAAGAAAAGAGCUGGAGUAGAGAGGAAUAAAGUCAUGCUUUUUGAAUUAAAUUGGCAGCAGUUAGAACCAGUACCUUUAAUAGUUGAGAAGAAUGUUACCAUUUCUUCUUCAGUACUUAUGCAAUUUUGACCUGUAAGUUUGUAGUUUUUAUUAUACGUUUCAUAAUUUUUAAAAAGUCUCUCCCCGCAUAAAGUACUCAUUCAGCCUUUCAAAACAGUCUUAUUUUAAGCAGAUUUUUAUUAUUCCUUAGGAUUGUGAACCAUGGGUGUGACCCCAUCAUAUUGUGCCAGGUGCUAACCAAACAUAAAAUAGCAAUCCCCCAAAAUUUUAGAUAGCUGACACUUGCACCUCGCAGUUCUUUCUGACAGGUUUGUAUCCAAUGUUCUGGUAAUUGUGUUAUGAAAAUACCUCUCUCUGGGACUCAGAUAAAUGAGGUUAUUUCUGUUUAUAAUGAGCCUAUGGCUUCAUCUGAAAUUGUGUUUUAAGUUUCAUGCUGAAUUUGUGCCCAAAUGAGAAUGUGUUUUGUGGUUUUUAUGUUGUUGUUAUUGAUAAUGUAUUUUGCAAUAAUUUUGCUUGAUGUUGUAUUUUUUUAUCUGCUUCUCUAUCUCUUUUGUCUGUGGUUGUUUGACACAAUGUGGUUUUGUAAGGAUACAGUGAUACUACAGACUCAUCCAGUCCUGUGGCUGGAUGUUCUUUCUCUGUAUCUUCUGCUCAUUUUAUCCAUUGUUUUUCUGAGUCAUGUAUUUGGAUUUCUUAUUUUUAUGUUGUAAAGAGCUAAAUUUCAGGGCAGUAUGUUCUGUUUGGAAGUAAAUCUGACAGGUGACAGAAGAGGAUGUUGUCCCAGUCUGAAGUGCAGAGGGCAGGUUGGCACAGGUGCUCCUGUGCUUGGGAGCUGCUUUACAUCACUGAACAGUGUGAAACAGGAGUGGGAUGAUGAUUUUUGAUUCCUUUGCCGGUCUUCCUUUCUUCUUCCCUUAGGGUCACUGUGCCUGAGAACAAAGUAAUCAUACUGGAAAUGAGGGGUUUUCAGCUUUUGGUGUUUUGGGGACAGAUAGGAAAAGCAAAAUGUAUCUCUUUCACUAAUGUAACUAAAAUCACUGAAUUUUUGCCUUUAAUGUUUUACCUGCUGAAUUGCAACAUUCCUGAUAAUAUUUUUCAGAAAAAUAUUUGUAAUAAUAGCAUAGUUCUGAGCAUGCCCAGAAGCAAAGGUUUUGUUCCUUGUUCGUUUUGCAGUUAUAAAUUCAUUCAUUCCUUCAGCAGAACAAAUCUUGUUUUAAUAAAGUAAAGAUUGAAUAUGUG